AUGAAGACUUUAGAUGAUUACUUCUCGGUUCAAGUAUUUCUUAUUGUGUUGCGAGAAACGCUAGAGCUGGCAAUAAUUAUAUCGGUAUUAUUGGCAUUCAUAAAACAAAGCUUUAAUUCUAAUAAGCUUAAAUAUCCUAACCGUAGAAAUUUGAAUAUAAAUUAUACUGCUAGAGGAGAUGAAACUGCAGAAUUACUACAUGAAGCUGAAGAACAGGAAAUAUUAGAUAUUCAGCAUACGAGCCAUGAUGUAGACAGUUUGUCCAUAUACAAAUAUUUGAGACUUCAAAUAUGGAUUGGAGGGAUGCUUGGUGUUACAUGCUGCUUGAUAAUUGGAUCGAUAAUUUUGGCAAUGUUUUACAUUAUAGGCAAAGAUUUUUGGUCAGUGACAGAACAUUACUGGGAGGGUACAUUUUCCAUAUUAGCCAGCAUCAUUAUAUCAGUUAUGGGUAUAAAAAUAUUAAGGGUGAGUAAAAUGCAACAUAAAUGGAAGAGAAAAUUGUCAAUGCUAAUUAACCAGUCAAAUUAUAUUGGAACUGUAGUGAGGCACCAAAGUACCAACCCAGAUUUAUCAGGAAAGGUUUCCAAUUUUUCUGAAAAGUAUGCCAUGUUCAUUUUGCCAUUUGUUACCACAUUAAGAGAAGGAAUGGAGGCUAUUGUUUUCAUUGGAGGUAUUGGGAUCAAUGAAAAUACUUCAAUCUUGGCAAUUUUUAAUUCGUUUGCAACAGCCUUAAUGCUAGGUUCAUUAAUCGGUCUUUUAUUAUAUCGCCUGGGGAAUACCUUAUCCUUGCAAUGGUUUUUAAUUGCAUCCACUGGAUUCUUAUAUCUAGUUGCGGCGGGAUUAUUCUCUAAGGGCGUAUGGAAUUUUGAAUUACAAAGAUUUAUUGAUUUAUGCGAUGGAUUUGAUGUAAGUGAGACGGGACAUGGACCAGGGUCAUAUGAUAUAUCAAAAAGUGUAUGGCAUGUAAACUGUUGUAACGGCGAAUUACAGGACGAUGGGGCUUUUUGGAUGAUUCUUACCGCAGUGUUUGGAUGGACUAAUAGUGCCACUUACGGAAGUGUUAUUAGUUAUAACAUUUAUUGGAUUACUGUGAUUUUGGUAUUUGCUUCAUUGUUGUUCGAAGAAAAACAUGGCAGAUUACCUGUUGUUCCAUUAACCUGGCAAAAAAGAAGAAUCGCCAAAAGGAAUUCUGAUUAUGCUCCAGUAGAACUGCUUGCUACCUCCGAUACAGCCAGGGAAAGUAUUGAUUCAGUAAAUUCAAAGACACCUUUAAAUAACUAA